UUGCUUCUUCUGGUUUUGAAGAGAUAUAUACACACACACACACCCAAACACAACACACACACUUGAACUACGCGCCCUUAGUUACAUUGAUCUUUUCAUCUUCUAAUAAUCUGGGAUUACUUCCCCUGCCGACCUGUGAGCGAUAAGCACAAAGUAGCUUGUUUUGGUAGAAGAGAAAAAUGGCGACACUUGGAGAUAUUGGACUUGCAGCUGGAAUUAAUAUUCUGAGCGCAUUUUUGUUCUUUGUAUUAUUUGCUAUCUUGAGACUUCAACCUUUGAAUGACAGAGUAUACUUCCCAAAAUGGUACAUCAGAGGUUUAAGAUCAGAUCCUGCACAUGGAGGAGCAUUUGUUCGCAAGUUCGUCAAUUUAGAUUGGAGAGCCUAUCUCAAGUUUCUCAAUUGGAUGCCUGAGGCUCUUAAAAUGCCUGAACCGGAACUCAUUGAUCAUGCUGGGUUGGACUCUGCUGUUUACCUGCGCAUUUAUUUGAUUGGGCUUAAAAUAUUUGUUCCUAUAGCUUUUCUAGCAUGGGCAGUUCUGGUGCCUGUAAAUUGGACAAGUAAUGGCCUAGAGUCAGCCAAUGCAACCAAUUUAACUUCAAGUGAUAUUGAUAAAAUCUCUAUUUCAAACGUUGAAGACGAAUCAAAAAGGUUUUGGGGACACAUAGUAAUGGCUUAUGGCUUUACCUUUUGGACAUGCUAUGUUCUGCGCAAAGAGUACGAGAAAGUUGCCUCCAUGAGGUUGCAGUUUCUUGCCGCUGAAAAACGUCGCCCUGAUCAAUUUACAGUGCUUGUUAGAAAUAUACCAUCAGAUCCUGAUGAGUCAGUAAGUGAGCUUGUGGAACACUUUUUUCUGGUCAAUCAUCCUAAUCAUUAUCUUACUCACCAGGUUGUUUAUGAUGCAAACAAACUGGCAAAGAUGGUGAAGAAGAAGAAAAAGUUACAGAAUUGGCUUGUCUAUUAUCAAAAUAAACUUGAAAGAACUUCUAUAAGACCGACUAUGAAGACUGGUUUUCUUGGUCUUCGUGGAAAUAAAGUGGAUGCCAUUGAUUACCACACCACUAAAAUUGAUGAACUCUUGAAAAAAAUAGCAAUGGAGAGGGACAAAGUUAAAAAUGAUCCCAAAUCCAUCAUGUCAGCUUCAUUUGUUUCUUUCAAAACUAGAUGGGGUGCUGCUGUUUGUGCACAAACACAACAAACCAGAAACCCAACAAUGUGGCUCACCGAGUGGGCCCCAGAGCCACGAGAUGUAUAUUGGCCAAACUUGGCAAUCCCCUAUGUUUCCCUCACAGUCAGGAGGCUCAUCAUAGGUGUUGCAUUCUUCUUUCUGACUUUCUUCUUUAUGAUCCCCAUUGCAAUUGUUCAAUCUAUUGCAAGUAUUGAAGGCAUCCAAAAGUCAGCACGAUGGCUGCUACCACUUGUAGAAAUCCCCUUCAUCAAGUCAUUCGUCCAAGGCUUCUUGCCUGGUAUUAUAUUGAAGCUUUUUCUGCUCUUUGUGCCAACAAUUUUGCUGAUAAUGUCAAAGCUUGAAGGGUUUGUGUCUCUAUCAUCUCUUGAGAGAAGAGCAGCUUCUAGAUAUUACAUUUUCAACAUUGUUAACGUAUUUUUUGGGAGCUUGCUUACGGGAGCAGCAUUUCAGCAAUUGAAUGCUUUUAUGCACCAACCAGCCAAUACAUACCCUGAGACAAUUGGAGAUGCAAUUCCAAUAAAAGCAACUUUCUUCAUUUCCUUCAUAAUGGUUGAUGGAUGGGCCGGUAUAGCUGCAGAGAUUCUGAUGUUGAAACCUCUGAUAUUUUUUCACUUGAAGAACUUCUUUCUGGUGAAGACUGAGAAGGACAGAGAAGAGGCCAUGGAUCCUGGCAGCAUUGGCUUCCACGCCCGGGAACCUCGUAUUCAACUCUACUUUCUGCUUGGUCUGGUGUAUGCUGCCGUUACACCUGUUGUACUUCCCUUCAUCAUCGUUUUCUUUGCACUGGCCUAUGUUGUGUUCCGUCAUCAGAUUAUUAACGUUUAUAAUCAGGAAUAUGAGAGCGGUGCAGCAUUCUGGCCAUAUGUCCAUUUACGUGUCAUAAUUGCACUGAUAAUCUCACAAAUAGUUCUGAUGGGACUACUAAGCACAAAGAAAGCUGCUACAUCAACUCCAUUUCUCAUUGCUCUCCCAAUACUGACUCUCUCCUUCCAUUAUUACUGCAAAGGCCGCUUUGAAUCUGCCUUUGUCAAAUAUCCCUUGCAGGAAGCAACAAUGAAAGACACAUUAGAGAAAGCAACAGAGCCAAACAUGAAUUUGGAAGGCUACCUUAAUCAUGCCUAUUUACAUCCAGUUUUUAAGGCCAGCAUGGAAGAUGAUGACGAUGAAGAAAAAAGUGCUGAAAAGUGGGAAACUGACUGUGUUCCUGUGCCCACAAAACGCCAAUCCCGACGGAAUACUCCCUUGCCAAGCAAAACUGGUUCUGAUGGUGUUCAAGAUCUUCCAUCGCCUUGAAAUUAGUGGGGAAGAUAAAGGAUGGUCAUCUCUUGGCAUACUUAGUACUAACAUCAUCAUCAUCAUCAUCAUUCAGCAGACAAAGAUGGUUUUACAGAUAUAAUGAACUAAAAAAUGUACAGGUGCUUGCGGCAAUAUAUAAAGCAGAAUUCGGAUUUUUAUUAA